AUGAUUGCCAUCAAGUCCAUCCUUGCUCUCCUUGCCCUCGGCACUGCCUCUGUUCUUGCAGCUCCUGCUGCAAGCAUCAAGUUCUCGCCUCGUCAGGGUAACGAGGUUUCCGUCUUUGCCUGUACCGAGGCACGCUUCACCGGAGAGUGUCGCAUGAUCCCGACACCGGCCGAACAGUGCUUCAACAUUGAUCCGGCCUGGAACGACGUUAUCAGCUCCAUCCAGAAUCUUGAGAGAGACAGGUUCAAGUGCAAGUGGUUUGAGUAA